UCUGUUCCGCCUCUUGCCUCCAAAACACAUCGCCUACUUAGACGUCUCGGUGCCCUCGUGCUUUCGUUGGCUGUCAGUUACAAAAAAGUAGCUCGGUUUAUUUGUUUGGCGUUUACAAUGACUACAGCACAACCUAUAUUUUCCAAGGGGGAAAACUGCAAGCCGGUAUGGACCGACGCGAACGCUCAAUACGACGACACCGACACCCACCUCGAGAUUAUGGGGAAACCGGUGAUGGAGCGCUGGGAGACACCGUACAUGCACGAGCUUGCCACAGUUGCAGCUUCCAAAGGGGGCCGGGUUCUUGAGAUAGGGUUUGGAAUGGCUAUCGCUGCGACCAAGAUUGAGUCUUAUCCUAUUGAGGAGCACUGGAUAAUCGAGUGCAAUGACGGCGUUUUCCAGAGGCUGCAAGAAUGGGCCAGGACACAGCCACACAAAAUAGUUCCUCUUAAAGGCUUAUGGGAAGAGGUUGUGCCAACACUGCCUGAUGGACACUUUGAUGGUAUUCUGUACGAUACCUACCCUCUGUCGGAAGACAGUUGGCACACACAUCAGUUCAACUUCAUCAAGGCUCAUGCCAACAGGCUACUGAAACCCAAUGGAGUUCUGACCUACUGCAACUUGACAUCUUGGGGAGAGUUACUGAAGACUAAAUAUGAUAACAUUGAGACCAUGUUUCAGGAGACUCAGGUGCCUCAUCUCAUUGAGGCUGGCUUCAAGAAGGAGAAGGUUAGCACCACCUUACUGGACAUCAUUCCCCCAUCUGAGUGUAAAUACUAUGCCUUCCACAAGAUGAUUACGCCCACAAUCGUAAAGGCAUGAGGAUGAAGAGACAAUGUUGCCUUACAUUUAUAACUAUCCGAUAUAGCUGCCUUUUCCAUCUACCACCUUCCAUAACUGCUAGCUUGUGCCUGUGCCACCAAAGUGUCAGUACCACAAUAAGCUGUACUGACUUUGUAUUAUCCUGAAUCUCACGAUGCACCAAGUGAUCCUUUUGCUGAACAAAAGAGUCUUAAUAAGCAUCUUUUACAAAACUUGAGCAUAAACAAGUGGCUGUUCUUCCUAGUCUAAUUGUUGAAAGUGGUACUGCAUUUCUUGGUACUUUACACUACUAUUGUGGAUGUUACACUGUAAUAAAUGACAAAUAAAUUACUUAUAUCAA